UGUGAAUAAAAAUUAAAAAAAAUCAACACUUAAAAACUUUUGGCCGGUGCACAUGCAAAUCCCACACAGGAAAGUCAGGUUUGAAGUUGGGAAUGACAGAUUGGCUAAUUUCCCAAGUUCAAAAAGUCCCCUAUCACAACACAGCAAGAACGUCCACCUUACCUUUAUGAUACUUUGUGGCAUAAAGGUAACCUAACUACAUUUGCAAUCAUAAAUGUAACAAAUAAUGCUACAGUUUUUUUUUUUUAAUUGGUUUGGCGCAGUUUUCACAAGCAAUUGGUACAUUUUCAAAACUCUUCAUACUUAUAUCACAACAGAUCAUCAAAAGUGCACCUUUUUCAAACAUUUCAGCAUAUUUCCAAUUGUGUUAGUACAAUACACAUAAUGACAAAAUAUCCUUUUCACUACACAAAAUAUGUGUUUCAUCUAAAUAAAUGUUUCAUUCACAGUUACUGCCUUUCAUAAUGUUAUCACUAUAAAAUUUUUGAUUUGCAUCUCUUAUCAUUCAGUUUAAUACAUUUGUCUGUCAUUCAAUUCAACUGAUCUUAAUGUUUAAUCAAUGAAUCAUUCAUUAUGUCCAUGGACUUCCAACUUGACUGAUUGUUGUCUGGUCAUUUGUAAGUUACACAUUGCUGCAAGAGCUUUCAAUCUAGAAAUACUAAUUGCUAAUCGUUUCCCCCUGAUGAUCACAAUUAGUUACCAUAUAAGUAGAACUGUGUUUGAGACUUUGCACUGUUCAAAUAUGGAGCAGGAUAGACUCGUAGGGAGAGGAAACCUUCAUCGAAGAGGUGGUGGUGCUCCUCGACAGAGAGGUGGGCACAGACAAAGAGAGAGAGGUGGUGGUGCUCCUCGACAGAGAGGUGGGCACAGACAAAGAGGAAGAGGUGGUGGUGCUCCUCGACAGAGAGGUGGUCUUCAGAGAAAUGUAGGCAGAAGACAACGCACCAUCAUCUCUAAUGAAGUCCGGGCCAUCGUUGUUGACCAUGUGGUUAACAGAGGCUUUACCAUGGCUGAGGCUGCCAGGUUGGUACAGCCUAAUUUACAAAGGUCAACUGUCAGCUCUAUCAUCCAAACUUUUCGCCAAGAAAACCGAAUUAACAGGAGACAACCUGGUGGUGGUCGCCCACGUGUUUUGACUGACCAGCAGGAGUUGGCUGUGGUGGAAAUGGUCAGGGCAAGGAAUGACAUACGGCUGUCUGAAAUCAAACAGGCUAUUGAGAACAGCAAUAACACCUUUGCCAAUGUGCCAUCAAUUAGCCUUCCAACGAUUGCCCGGCUUUUGAAGAAGCACCAGGUUUCCAUGAAACAAAUCUACUUGGUUCCUUUUGAGAGGAACAAUGUCCGGGUGAAACAACUGCGUUCAGAAUAUAUUCAGAGGGUGAUGGAGCUGGACGCUGCUGUGAAUCAUCACAAGUAUAUUUUCGUUGAUGAGGCCGGUUUCAAUCUGGCAAAAACUAGACGCAGAGGACGUAACCUUAUUGGACAAAGGGCUACCAUCCAAGUCCCUGGACAACGUGGGGGAAACAUCUCAAUGUGUGCAGCUAUAUCUGAAGAUGGUGUGGUAGGCUGUAGACCAGUUCUAGGGUCAUACAACACUGAACACCUGAGUUUUUUUUAAAUGAACUGGAGCAGGCCUGUCAGGGAGAAGACAUCGUCUAUGUUGUUGUGUGGGACAAUGUCAGCUUCCACCAUGCACAGCUGGUUCAGGAAUGGUUUCAAACAUCCUCGCUUCAUCUUCUAUCUUCCACCAUAUUCCCCUUUCCUCAACCCAACUGAGGAAUUCUUCUCUACAUGGAGGUGGAAGGUGUAUGAUCGCCAUCCCCAUGAGCAUGUCUCCCUUCUUCAAGCCAUGUGUGAAGCUUGUGGUGAUAACUGCUGAGCAAUGUCAAGCCUGGAUUCGUCAUGCCAGGAGAUUUUUCCCACGGUGCCUGAACAACGAAGACAUCCACUGUGAUGUUGAUGAAAAUUUAUGGCCCAAUGUUUAUUAUUUAUGGCCCAAUGACCAGCUUCAUUAAUUGUGUAAAAGUGAUAAGAAUAAAAUAAAAUAAAA